ACCAAUGCAAACACGCAAUAGAUUAGCUGGGUCACACCGCUCAAAAAAAAAGCUGGGUCACGAGUUCAGGAUGAACUACAAGUGUGACCUUCCAAUUCUCCAGUGUACAACUGCACGCGGCAUGCGGGGUAGUGCCACACUUGGCCUGAGAGCCCGAUCUGAGCCGUUGGUCCAUGAAUCGGACGGCCAAAACUGCGUGCGGUCAGAUAGUACGUACGAGUCUUGUUCCAACCGGACCGAGGCUCGCCAAAUUCGAACCAAGCGCCCGUCUUCUCCUCGAUCGAUAGCGUCUGGGCUUCGUAGUCGGCGGCGAGCGGCGGCGAUGGACGGCAGACCCGCGACGGCGGAUGACGUGGUGGAGGCGAUGCGGGAGUUCGUCUGGUUUCCGCCGCCGCGCCCCGCCUCCGAGUUCUUCUCCCGCUUCAGCGCCCCGCGGUCUUGCUCCAAGUGGAUCAGCCGCCUCGAGUGCAACCUCUACUACUAUGGGACCAACUACUUCAUCUUGAUCCUAUUGAUAGGGAUGAGCUUCCUUCAGAAACCAGUUGCUAUACUUACAGCUUUUGCAACUGGCCUCAGCAUUGCAUUUUUCAGUGACAGUUUUGCUGUUACUUCCACCAACAAGGUUAUAAGCAUUGUCAGAAAAUUUUCACCGGAUUUAGCGGCCCAGAUGAGACCAUACAUAAACUCUGUCCGUCAUGGCCGACCAAGUAUGAAAGGAUCAACUCAUAUUUGUGGCCGACCUCUGUCUAUGUGGGUCUUUGCCCUGUUCCUUUUUGAAGUUAGCUGCAUUUUCUGGGCGAGCUCCUGCAAUUUCCUGAUAGUUCCGUGGGCACUAUACGUUGGUCUACUCGUAACCUUGAUUCAUGCCAGCUUCAGAGAACGUAAUCUGAAAGGCCGUCUCAACAGAUUCAGGAAGGAAUUUCGAGAAGCAUGGUGAAAUUUCAGCGAAGCCUUAAACGUCUCUUCCGGUUCGUACCAUGGGAGCUACCUUGUGGGUUUCUUGGCUCCUGUAUAGUUGAAAGUUGAAUCUGUGGCAUGUUAUAGAUGUACAGUUAGUACCAUUGCAGAGUUAUGCUUGGAAAGUACUAGUAAGGUG